AUGGUUGAUAAUGGCGCAAAAUUCACAACAACUAUCAAAAAUUAUUCACUUUUCUUCAGUGUUAUGGUGAGUUUUCUGUGGAAUUGAGAUGGAAUUUUGAGAUUGUGAAAGCUAAAUUCAAAAAAUUCCGAAAAAAUACCUCAUUUCCUUCCUGAAAAAGUUUUCUUACCAUUUCGUCAAACAAAAAUCCAAUUUUUUUCAGGUGGUUGAAACACUGGUUAUAGUACCGUGCAUAGUUUUCACAACAAUCAAUUUGGUAGCAUUCGACGCAGAUACAUAUAAAGAAUACCAUCCGGAUUUUAGUGAAAUAAUCAAAUUUCAAUUUUUAACGCCUAUUCUAGCAGUUCAGGUUUGUCACUUUCUCUCAUCAAAAAUAAAAAAAUAUGAUGAACAAACAUUUAAAAAAUAAAUAAAAACCAUCUGCUUUCUGCAGAAAAUUCAGCUGUCUCUUUGUUGUUUUUUUUUUGAAAGAGGGAAAAAUGACCUUCCUCCUAUCUGAAUCUUGAUCUUUGAGUCGCAAACUUUUGAUGCAAAAAUAGGUUUUCUUUUUCAGGUCUUAUGGAUUCUCACAAAUGUACUAUCUACAUUGACAACUCACAUGACAAUACCUUAUCUCUUCAUUCCAAAUAUUGUUAUUGUUAUGAUUAGUUUUGUUGUUUGCUUGGUGAUAAUUGGACCGUCAGGUAGGAUUUUUUUAUUGCACAAAACAGAAGGAAAAUUGACAGUAAAAAUUGCCCAAAGUUUGAAAAUAGAGAAACGUUUUUCUAACUGAUAAUCUACUAUAUGCUUUCUCUGAACUUUUGUAAUAUGUUUUGAACAAAUGAAGAUUCACCUCUGAAAACCCUCUUUGAUCACCCCAAAUUUGACCUUUUGUAUUUUAUUUCAAACAUCAUAACCAACUUGUCAAAAGCAAUUUCAUCACAAAACUUUUCCCUCCUUUGCAACAACCCAAAAACGCUAGAAAAAGAUCAGAUAAAAUUUAUUAGUCACAUUUGGUACAAUUUUGAUGAUCAGAAACUUCUCAUUAAUGUUUAUGAAAUUUUCAGUGGAAUUCGUGUUGCAAUCAAAGAUUGCUUGGACAGUCACUGCAUUUUUUGUGGGAUUGAUUAUUUUUGUGAUUGCGCUCCUUGCAUUUAUCACAAUUCGAAUUGCAACAUUCCGAAAAUUAGUGAAAAAGAAGAAAACUGUACAAGGAACUGCAGAAAAACCAACAGCAAUUCAAGCUGAAGCUCAACCAAUUCCUCCAGCUCCACCAUCAAUUCCUGAAAUUGAUGAAGUUAGCACAUCUUUUAGCCGACGAUCAACUAUGAGCAUCAAUGAUGAUCGUUAUGAAAUCCCACCAAAAAUGUGA